AUGAUGAUAAGUGUAAUUCUCAUUUCCCUGGUUUUGUUUCUUCUGGGUGUGCAGUUCCUGGAAUUGCAAUGGAAAAGUCGUGGAUUUCCUCCUGGACCAACCCCAUUUCCCAUCAUUGGAAGCAUCUGGCAGAUAAAUUUCAGAGCUGAUCAUGGGAGCCUGAAAAAGCUGGCAAAAAUCUAUGGGAACAUCUGUACCCUGUAGCUGGGUCACAAACCUAUGGUGGUGCUGUAUGGAUUCCAAGCCGUGAAGGACUCAGAAGAUGUUUUUGGGCCCCUAGUUCCCAAUUCACCCGUUUUGUCUGCUCAGGGUAUUCUGGUCUCGAAUGGUCUCAUCUGGAAACAUCAGAGACAUUUUGGAAUUGGAGCUCUCCGAAAACUGGGAAUGGGGAAUAAAGGAAUGGAGUGCAGGAUACAAACCGAGGCCCACUACCUAGUCGAGUUUUUCAGAGACAAAAAAGGAAAAGCUGUCGACCCUUCCCUCCCCAUUGUUCGUGCUGUCUCUAAUGUGACCUGUGCUGUGGUUUUUGGCCAUCGUUUCUUGCUAGAGGAUGAAACAUUCUGCCAGCUGACUGAAGCAUACAAUUGUAUAGUGGCUUUUCGGAACAGCUGCCUUUACAU